AUGGGAUGGACCAAUACGAGUUCGCUGGAGGGUUUCAUCCUGCUAGGCUUCUCAGAGCACCCUCAACUGGAGUCUGUGCUCUUCAUAUUUGUCCUUUUCUUCUACCUUCUAACCCUUGUGGGGAACUUCACCAUCAUGAUCCUCUCUUAUCUGGAGUCUUCUCUCCACACGCCCAUGUACUUCUUUCUCAGCAACCUCUCCUUCCUGGACCUCUGUUUCACUACCAGCCUUGCUCCUCAAACUUUGGUUAAUCUUCGAGGGCCAGAGAAGACCAUCACGUAUGGUGGUUGUGUGGUGCAGCUCUACGUUUCCCUAGCACUAGGCUCCACUGAAUGCAUCCUCUUGGCUGUCAUGGCCUUGGAUCGCUAUGUGGCAGUCUGCAAGCCCCUCCAUUAUGUUGUCAUCAUGAAUCCUCGGGUCUGCCAACAGCUGGCUUCCCUCUCCUGGCUCAGCGGAUUGGCCAAUUCUCUUAUCCAUGCUACUUUUACCUUGCAGUUGCCUCUCUGUGGUAACCGCAAGCUGGAUCACUUCAUUUGUGAAGUCCCAGCUCUCCUCAAGUUGGCUUGCGUGGACACUACUGUGAAUGAGUUAGUGCUUUUCAUUGUUAGUAUCCUGUUCCUCAUCAUCCCACCCACCCUCAUCCUCAUCUCGUAUGGCUUCAUUACUCAGGCUGUGCUGAGGAUCAAGUCAGUGGAGGCCAGGCACAAAGCCUUCAGUACCUGCUCCUCCCAUCUCACAGUGGUGGUCAUUUUCUAUGGGACCAUCAUCUACAUGUAUCUGCAACCCAGCGACAGUUAUGCCCAGGACCAAGGCAAGUUCAUCUCUCUCUUCUACACCAUGGUGACGCCCACCUUAAACCCCCUCAUCUACACGUUAAGGAACAAAGAUGUGAAAGAGGCACUGAAGAAACUUUUCUCAGGAAAAUUGUGCACCUUACGGACGUGA